CUGCCGGCCGUGUUGUUCUAUCGUGUUUAAUAUUCGUGUGUGAUAUGCCUAUCAAAUGUUGUGUUUCUCGUACUGUUUAUUUAGUUGUGUGUUGUGCUGUGAUCGUAAAUUAUAAACUAUGACGACUCCAAAUGGACAACCCUCGCUUUUAAUAUUUAUUGAUACCGCCACCAGAAGAUGAGUUAUUCAAAGUCGAAACUAUAGUAGUGUAUGACUACAGUUUGAACGGUUGACGAAACGUCCUCGAAAUCACUUAUGUCCCCUCGGAGCACGGCACCUAGGCGGUGUUGUGGCUUGAGGCACAUCUCAACUAGAAACACCUAGUGGGAAAGCGGUGCAUGCACCCAGGCCGUCGUAGCUCAGGAUCGCCGCUGCAGCUGCACCGUCACCUCCCGCGCUUUCAGUCAGUAGUCGGGGAGUCGCGGGCCAGAGACCACGGAAUCGAGCUUAGCGGAGCCGCGCCUCACGGACCACCGAACUGAGACCAGUGUAGGUCAGCCAGUGGCGGCACGUCGACCUCUCUCUGUAGGCAUGAGCGUCCCCCAGAUCCCCGCAGAGUCGUUUCAGAGCUGUGACGUCGAGAAGGGGAUAGAGGAUUACAAAGGCUGCGGCGUUAAAAAGUUAAAUAACUGUGAAGAUAUAAACAGCUCAGCUGGCAAGCCUGUGCGUCACGUCCUUACAGUUGUUUUGAAGAGAGUUGCUCUGGUUGUUUUGGCUGCAUUAGUAAUUUCGACUUUAUGGUACUUCUUGGGUUGGAUGAUUGUGAUAGAAAUAAUAAUUGUAGCCAUCGUAGCCUUUUUGGCUGCAGGAGGAGGAUACAAAUGGCUAAUAGUUCUUUACAAGACCCUUCCAAGGGAUUUAACUGCCUUGCAGAGGUAUUUAAGAUUCCUAUGGAGUGUAAGAAAUCUAAAGAAAAAAGAUAUGAGUAUAGGUGAAGUAUUUGCUCAACAUGUUGAAAAAAGACCAAAUGAUAUAUGCUUCAUAUUUGAAGACAAAGAAUGGACUUUUGCUCAGGUUGACGAGUUCAGCAAUAGAGUCGCCAACGUUUUCAAAGCUCAAGGACUGAAAAACGGUGAUGCAGUUGCCUUAAUGAUGGACAAUCGACCAGAGUUUUUGUGUUUUUGGCUUGGACUGUCCAAACUUGGAGUUGUUACGGCUCUAAUAAACACUAACUUGCGGCAGUCAUCUCUGGCUCACUCCAUAAGUGUUGCCAGCAGCAAGGCUUUCAUUUACUCAUCCUUAUACUCUGAAGCUGUAAAUGAAGUAUCAUCAUCGCUGGGUAGUGUGAGACUCUUCAACUGGAGCAGCAAGCCCCGCUCCAGUGUAGGUGCAAAUGAGAUAAACCUAGAGGUGCUGCUGAAAGAUGCUGCCACCACGGUGCCGUCACCAAGCACUAAGGUGGGCUUCAACGACAAGCUGUUGUACAUUUACACGUCUGGUACCACUGGACUGCCUAAGGCCGCCGUUAUCACCCAUUGCAGGUACGUGUUCCUGGCGGGUGCUAUCCACUAUCAAGUGGGGUUCAGCUGUAAGGACCGCUACUACACCCCGCUCCCCCUGUACCACACAGCAGGUGGGGCCAUGGCGGCGGGACAGGCGGUGGUCUACGGCAGUACUGUCGUCAUCCGUAGUAAAUUUUCUGCUUCCAAUUACUUCGCCGAUAUUGUCAAGUAUAACUGCACGGUAGGACAGUACAUAGGAGAGAUGUGCCGCUAUCUGCUGUCUACUCCCCCUCGACCUGAGGACAAGAGCCACAACCUGCGGAUGAUAUUUGGGAAUGGCCUGAGGCCUCAGAUUUGGAGAGAGUUUGUGGAGAGGUUCAACAUUCCUAAAGUUGCAGAGUUCUACGGCGCUACUGAGGGAAAUGCCAAUAUUGCCAACAUUGACAACAAGGAGGGAGCAAUAGGGUUCGUUUCAAGGCUGGUUCCCUCCAUUUAUCCAAUCUCAAUAAUUAGAGUUGACCAGAAAACGGGGGAACCAUUACGGAACGAGCAAGGGCUCUGCAUGGUCUGCAAACCAGAUGAACCUGGAGUAUUUAUAGGAAAAAUCAUACCAACCAAUCCUGCAAGAGCGUUUUUAGGCUAUGUAAACGAAAAGGAGUCAAAGAAGAAGAUUGUGCACGAUGUUUUCACAAAAGGAGACUCUGCCUUCUUGUCCGGAGACUUACUUGUGAUGGACGAGUGGGGAUAUUUGUAUUUUAAAGACCGAACAGGAGAUACUUUCAGGUGGAAGGGAGAAAACGUGUCGACCUCUGAAGUUGAAGGAAUUGUCAGCAAUCAUGUCAAUUAUAAAGACUGUGUUGUCUACGGUGUUGAGAUCCCGAACUGUGAAGGCCGAGCGGGCAUGGCUGCCAUAGUUGACGAGCACAAAGAACUUGAUCUGGCAGCUCUGGCCCAGGGCCUGAUGAAAGCUCUGCCGGCUUAUGCCCGUCCUGUGUUUUUGAGGAUAGUGGAGACCGUAGAACUCACAGGCACAUACAAACUUAAGAAACUGGAUCUGCAGAAGGAAGGUUUCGAUCCGGAGGUGAUUAAGGAUCAGUUGUUCUACCUAAGUUCGAAUGGUGUCUACGAGCUGUUAACUCUGGAAGUCUACAAGAAGAUUCUUGAAGGUGUGAUAAGAUUCUGAUGUACCUGGCCACAACACGAGCUGACUGCUUGUAUACCACUGCUGCCGUCUGCAGUAGCAUUGGGAUUCAGCUAAAUCCAUUAUAAAGGGUUGUGUUUUAUAUUUAGGUAUUGAGAUAUAAUGAAUAUCUUUUGGUUAUGUUUGUGAAAUAAAAUAAGGAGACGAAUAAUAUGUGUUGUUAUGAUAUGAUGUGUUACAUCUGUUAACUAAUUUUGUAGGAAAACUAAUUUAUUACAGUACUUUUAUAAAGUUGUGUCCGAGGUAGGGAGAAUUUGUUCAAUUAUAAAUAUAAUCAUUGUCACAUUCUAAUAUAUUUAUUAUUCUAAAAUCUUGAUUUGAUAUGAUAAAUGUUGUGUAGGUAGUACAUUUACGACAGGAGAAAGUAAUUAUUUUUCCUAUAUGGAAACAUAUGUUAAAACUGGUUUUUAAUGUGUAUUAUAGUUAGUAGGGUAAUUUUUACAAACCUUUGCCAACACGGCUUCAUGUUCUUUGUUUAAUAUUACAAGAUAUUUUAACUCAACACUAUUCGAGAGCUUUUAUCAAUUAUUGUUCAUAACAUCUGUUCUGUACACAAAGUCUCUUUUUCUUUUUUAAUAUCUGGUGCUAGAAACAUUGUUUCUUACAAAUUUUUGUAUUACAUAAUUAUUGCAUAAAUAAUUAUAAAGCACAAAAGAAAAUGUUUUAUUUGUAUUUUAAAUGUAUACAAAUUUGUAUACAAGUGUAGUAUUAUGGAAAUGUUAAAGAAAACUAUGUACAAAAAGGAUAGUUAAUAUCACAUUUGACCUUCUUCUAAUCCUCAAUAUAAAUAGGAAAUUAUUUUAAUAUAACAAAUAUAACCUCUGCUUCACGUUAAUGUAGAAAAUUUAGAGUAAAACAUGAAUUCUAAAACACAGUGAUUAAUAAUCAUUUGAAACAAUUACCAAAUAAUUUUUUUGGUGAAUAAGCUCACAAUUUUUUGUUGUGUUUUGUGUCAUUUUUGUUGUAAAAUAUGUCAUUGUGAAGGUCUAUUGGCACUUUAAAAUAAUUGGAAUGUAAUAAAACAAUAAUAAUCAAAUAAUUUCUUUAUCUGUGUUGUUUUGGACUCUAUUCUUUAUAAUUAUACUGUAUCAAGCUGACUGGAGUUUUCGCACAAUUGUUGAUGUUAAGUUAUGUCUGUAGUUUAUUCUGCGUCAGAUUGCACAUUGUUAGUGCGCAUUGUGUUACCUAUUUAAAUAUAAUUAUUACGGAGAGUGUUGUUUGAAAUUCUUUGUGUAUGUUGCACUUCUACACAUUAUUGUUUGUGUUAUGCAGUCUAAACGUUAUCAGUUGUUCCAAUUUGGUGCCACAGUUACACAACAUUUUAGUUUCAGUAUUUGGAUCCAGCGAGUAUAAGAAAAUUUGAAUCGAACACUAAAAAGAAGUUUCAGUUUAUAAGACAAAGAUUUUAUUAAGCGUAGAUAAUUUAACUUUUUAUGUUUUGAUAUUAGAAACUCUGGUUGUGAUAUUUUACAUUAUAGAUUCUUGACUCUCAGUACAGAUAUAAAACGAAACCAAGAAUCAAAUCAAAAUCUUGAAAUGAGGCCAUGAUUUUUUUUUAUUUAAAGAUUCUUUUAAAUUUUAUUUAUCAUGUUGGAUUAAUGUAUUAAGUUAUUUAUGGUUAAUGAAGGUAAUAAUAAAAUAAAUAAUGGUAAAAAAAUAAAUAAAAAUUUGAUUUUAAAUUCUGCACUUCUUUGAUGAAUUCAAGUUUAGUUUUUCCAAGAAGAAUUAUUUAUGCUCUCAAAAUAAAUUAUUUGUUUAAAUAUUAUACCACUUUACAACGAAUAAUUUCUAUGUCACUUCUUCUGUAGUUCCUAUUACCAUACACCCUCUAUUAGUGUUUAUGAUAUUCAUAGAAUAAAGUUUUAUUUAUUGUUUAUAUGACUACUUACUUACAAAUAAUGUUUUCAAUUAAUGUUGCCAUUUGUUAAGCAGAAUUUGUUUGGCAGAACUUGAAGUUAUUAUUGUAUUAUUUUGUCAAUCCUAGAUUAUUUCCACUUAUUAGCUACAAAUUACAUAUUAAAAAAUUAAGGUUAAUUUUAAUAAUGUAAUAAUUAAACUACACAAACAACAUUUUGGAUUGUGGUUAUGUUGUACAGUUAAAGCAGUAUUGUAUUCUUGAAAAAACUUGUAGUUAAUGAAUAGUUUAUUCAUUUUUAUUGUAUCACUGUAUUCAAAUUUAAUUUACUUACUGAUUGUUUCAUUGCUAUUUGACUUGUACAAUCUCAUAAUAAUGUGAAAAAUGGCGUUAUGGAAAGUGUGCUAACUUUUAAAACGAAACUAUAUUUAUUAACUUAAAAGUAUGUUAUUGUUGUUAUUUGUGGACCAAGACUUUAAGUCUCUAACUUUGUUAAUUAUAAACUUUGUAAAAUUUUAGGCAAAAAGUUGUUUUCACAAAUAAUAAGUCAUAUAUUUAUAUAUGUAUUUAUAUAUAUUUUGUUACGUAACAAUAAUAGUGACAUUAAUUGUACAAUAUUCGUACAAUGCAGCAUUUAUUUUUAUAAGAUGGUUUAUGAAGAUUUUCUACUUUUUAAUGAAAUAUUGUUUCUUAAUAAAAUGUAUUUAAAUUAUGAA